AUGGCCCUAUCAUCGAAUUGGUUAAAACUUCAAGAAGCAAGUAGUACAUCCAAAUCUAAGAAACAAUCUAAGAAUGCCACUUCUAAUAAGGUCCAUAAGCCUCAAAAGAAGAAAUUUGGUUCUAAGUGGAGAGAAGAGAGAAUUGCAAAGAAACCGAACAAGAUUAUGAGUAUGGUCUAUUCUAUGAAUGAUGCCAUUGCUAAACAUAAAGAAAACAAAAGAGAUGGUAAAGCAUUUGAAUUUAAAUCUGAAAACGAUAAGGAUGAGGGUUCUUCCGCAAGCACACCACCUAACUUUGAUGGACUACCACAGGAUAAAAAAUCAAAGGAAAUUGGUAAAUUUGUCGCUAUGGAUUGUGAGUUUGUCGGUAUAGGUGCUGAUGGUAAGGAUUCUGCUUUAGCUAGAAUAUCAAUUACAAAUUUCUUCGGACAUAUCAUAAUAGAUGAAUUUGUGAAACCAAGGGAAACAGUAACAGAUUGGAGAACAUGGGUUAGUGGUGUGAAACCACAACAUAUGAAGAAUGCAAUUUCUUUCAAGGAAGCACAAAAAAGAUGUGCAGAAAUUCUAGAAGGAAGAAUCCUAGUUGGUCAUGCCAUUAAACAUGAUUUGGAGGCUUUGUUAUUAUCACAUCCGAGAUCCAUGAUUAGAGAUACGGCUAAACAUUUACCUUUCAGGAAAGCUUAUGCUAUGGGUAAAUCACCAAGUUUAAAAAAGCUUUCGAAAGAAAUUCUUAAAAUUGACAUCCAAGAUGGACAACAUUCAUCCGUGGAAGAUGCCAGAAUUACCAUGAUGAUAUAUAAGUCCGAUAAAAAAGAAUUUGAAAGAUUGCAUAGAACAACGUUCACCAACGAAACUAAAUAA